AUGACUGCUGCUCCUGCGAAGCAGCAAAAUGCUGCUGGUGCGAAGCAGCAAGGUGCUGCAGCAGCAGCAGCACCUACUAAUGCUGCUGCUUCUGCUGCUGGCUCUAGUUCAGCAGCAUCAAUGACGAAUCAUCCACCAGCAGCAGCAACAACAGCAGCAGCAACAACAGCAGCAGCAGCAGCACGACAGCGUGAAUCUAAGGAUGGCGCUAGCCUCCAAUCAAUAUCAGCAGCAGCAACCCAUCGUUUUGUACCCGUCAAGCUAAUCAGCAGCAGCAGCAGCAGCAGCAGCAGCAGCGGGACACAAGAUGGUGGUAUAGAUCGUAGCUUACUUGUUGAUGCGUACAGACACUGCGAUUUGCAUGCAGCAGAAGAAAACUUCAAUCUGCUGCUCACUAAGAGGCUUGAGCCAGCAGCAGCUGUCUCCUUUAUCAAGCAGCAGCUGCUGCCUCGCUGCUUGCUGCAUUUGCUGCAGUUAUUAAGGGAUGUACAUGAUCUAGCACAAAAAAGAAUUGCUGAGCAAGAUAAAGCAGCAGCAGCAGCAGCAGCAGCAGCAGCAGCAGCAGCAGCAGCAGAUUCUGCUGCAGCAGCUCUUAAGGUUAAGAGCGAAUACCAUAGCGAUAGCACUGCAGCAGCAGCAACAGCAGCAGCAGCAGCAGCAGAAGCAGCAGCAGCGGGUGCUGCUGCUGUUAAGGAUGGAGAGAAACGUUUAGCCGAUGAGGGUCCCUCAUCUGCUGCCUCACAAGCAGACUCCGAGGCAGCAGCAGCAGCAGCAGGAGCAGCAGGAGCAGCAGCAGCAGCAGGAGAGGAGAAGAAGGAGACAAUUGAAUGCGUCUCCUUUUCUUCUUGUUUCUCUGGUGUCCCCUCUGUCUCCUCUAUAGAUACAAUAAGAGCAGCAGCAUAUAUAGCACAUAUAUUAGGUCCUUCUUCUUCUAUAGGAUAUUCUAUAAGAGACAACAGCAGCAGCAGCAGCAGCAGCAGCAACAGCAACAGCAGCAGCAGCAGCAGCAGCGGUCUGCUGCCUCAGCCAUUCUUAGCUAUGUUAUUAGAUGGUGUAUCUCAAUGUGCAGAGAUGAUAGCAGGAACAGCAGCAGGAGCAACAGCAAAAAAAGCUAGAGCUAACUUAGCAG